AUGUGGAGAGAUUUCUUCUGUGACAACGAAUGGCUUGUCUGGUCAUGGGCCGGAAUCAUUGUCAUCUCAGCUGGAUCUUGGUAUCAAGUUCACUUGGACGUGCGGGUGAACGCCUGGUUUGGUGAUUUCUACGACUUACUGCAGAAAGCCUUGUCCAAGGACAAGGACACACAUGUCACAAGACAGGAGCUCUAUGGCUACAUCUUCACCUUCUCGGAAAUCGCAGCGAUCUAUAUUCUGGUGGCGGUGUUUCUGUCGUUUUUCACGAAGCAUUGGACGUUCCGCUGGCGAAAUGCCAUGAACGACUACUACCUGAAGCACUGGACUCGACUGCGGCACAUUGAGGGCGCCAGUCAGAGGGUGCAAGAGGACACUCGCCGCUUUGCCAUUAUGGUGGAGGACAUUGGUGCUACCUUUCUGCAGUCCGUGCUGACCCUUGUGGCGUUUCUGCCGAUCCUUCUGCAGCUGUCGGAGCAGGUGAAGGAGCUGCCUUUCUUUGGGGAGGUGCCGCACGCUCUGGUGAUCCUCACACUCCUCUGGGCGCUCUUUGGCACGGUGGGCCUGGCCCUCGUGGGCAUGCGCCUGCCGGGAUUGGAGUUCCAGAAUCAGCUUGUGGAAGCAGCUUUCCGCAAGGAGCUUGUCUAUGGGGAGGAUCAAGCAGAGCGUGCAGGGCCGGAUGUGGUGAAAGAGCUCUUCCAAGCGGUCCGUGAUAGCUAUUUCCGGCUCUACCUCAACUUCAUGUACUUUGAUGUAGCUAAGUAUUCCUACUUGCAGUUUGGCGUCGUGGUUCCCUACAUUGCACUGGUUCCCUGUAUUUCCAAAGGCGGCAUCACUCUGGGAUCUAUGCAAAGGCUCGUCAGUGCUUUCAACAGCGUUGAGCGAUCCUUCCAGUUUUUGGUGCGCAACUGGACAGAGCCCCUUGCCUUGAAGACAGAGGCAUUCGUCCAUCUACAUGUCGCCCGAAAUUCGUGCUCAACGGUUCUGGCCAGUCUGCGACAGUCCCAUUUACCCCGAGUUGAGGAUUCCUUUCAACCAUUUAGAUACGGACAGCCGUUGUAA